AUGAAUGUUCCAUCGGUGACCUUGAAUGAUACAGAAGAAGAAACGAUUAGAAGUGCCCUUCCACAACUGCUAGCAUUCAAUUAUCCUAACAAUAUCCACUACAACAUGACCAAAUUGAAAAUACUUCAAGACAUACUUGUCAAAAAUGAUAUCAAUGAUAUGUCUUUUGUGAUGAGCGAAAUCACUCAAAGUUGCGAUGAGAUGUUGUUGUCUUGUUCUUGGGAGAAAAAGAAAGUCGAUUGUGCUGAAAUAUUCACAAAAUCAUUGACCGCUGAUGGAUAUUGUUGCUCCUUCAAUUCCGGAAAUAGCCGCAGUCCUUCAGGAAUUUUUACUACGUAUAAUGGAUUAUUGAGUAGUCUUGUGAUAGUUCUGAAUCCUAUGAUUCAGCCUGUUCAAUAUUCUUCAUUACAUUCAUCUGGAAUAAAGGUCUUUAUUCACGACCCAACGGAAUAUCCAGGUUCACAGUCUACUAUUAAAUUGAUAUCUGUAGGAAGGGUGGCAUAUUUCCAAAUUCUAGGAACGAAAAUCAUCUGCAGUGAAGAUGUGAAAAAUCUACCAAUGAGUCACAGACACUGCUUGUAUCCGAACGAAUUUAAACUCAAAUCCUUCUUUGAAUAUAGCUCCUCAAACUGUUUAUCGGAAUGUGUUGCAUUGCGUUUUUAUGCUUAUUGCAAAUGCGUACCAUUUCAAUUGGCCUUUGUAG